CACCGCCCCCCCCCCCCCCCCCCCCCCUUUCUUCUCUCGGUCUCGUCUUCUGGUUCUAGUCGAGUAGAACUAUGAUUAAUCUUUUUAAGAUAAAGGGCCAGAAGAGAGAAGACGCUGCAAAUGCCAAUGGAAGGGCUCCUGUCAAGAAGCAAAGUGCAGGGGAAUUGCGCCUUCAUAAAGAUAUUGGUGAGCUUAACCUACCUAAAACCACUAGUAUAUCCUUUCCCAAUGGAAAGGAUGAUCUGAUGAACUUUGAAAUCAGCAUUCGACCUGAUGAAGGAUAUUAUCAAGGCGGUACAUUUGUUUUUACCUUUCAAGUUUCUCCUUCUUAUCCUCAUGAACCACCGAAGGUCAAGUGCAAGACAAAGGUCUACCAUCCAAAUAUCGACUUGGAGGGAAAUGUGUGCCUCAACAUUCUGCGUGAAGACUGGAAACCUGUCCUCAACAUAAACACUGUCAUCUAUGGCUUGAAUCUUCUUUUCACGCAACCCAAUGAUGAGGACCCCUUGAAUCAUGAUGCAGCAGCUGUUCUACGUGACAACCCCAAGUUGUUUGAGAGCAAUGUGAGAAGGGCAAUGACUGGAGGUUAUGUGGGUCAGAUCUACUUCCCCAGGUGCGCAUAACAAAAUGCUGGCAGAUUGGAGGUGCCUGUGUUUGCUCAUCUUCGGUUUAACGGUCCUCGAGCUCUUAAUUGUGUCAUAAAUUGUUGUCCUUGUGUUGGGGCUGCAAUCUGUUUCAGGGUGUAAAUACCUUUUGAAACCAUGUAAUCGUCCAAGAAGGGGUUUUAUUAGCUGCUGUAAUGUGUGAAACAUAAACUGAAUUGGGAGUUGGUUUUCUGCAUAUUGUAAAUUUGUGAAAGGGCCUGGCACUCUUCGCGAACAUGGAUUGAGAACCUUUUCUUAUAUUUCACUCCAUCAAUUAGUGUAACCUCAACAAUAUCUUUGUUAUCAGUUUCUUCAUUAGAUCUUCCAUCGGCA